AUGGCUGCGGCUGCAGCCAAGAGCUUCGACUUCGAGUCUGCUGAGGCUUCUGGUGUGAAGAUCGCUAAUAGAGAGUUUACCUCACCUACCACCACUUUGUCGCUCGUUGCAAAGGCCGGCUCGCGAUACCAACCUUUCCCCGGCUACUCCAAUCUCCUGGAGAAAUUUGCGUUCAAAUCUACGUCCAAACGGUCAGCGCUGCGCAUCACCAGAGAGUCUGAGUUGCUUGGUGGGGAAUUGGCUGCGACUUACUCAAGAGAAAACGUUGUCCUUUCCGCCAAAUUCCUCAGCAAAGAUCUUCCUUACUAUACAGAGCUUCUUGCAGACGUAAUAACAAAAACUAAUUACUCACAACAUGAGCUCGAUGAGCUCAUCAUGAACCUUGUCAAAUACUCCCAGAAUGGCCUUGUAGCGAACCCAGCUGCUCACGCAUUAGACUCCGCACAUAGCGUUGCUUUCCACCACGGUCUUGGAGAGAAUUUGGUUCCUUCGGCCUCUUCUCCCUUCGGAAAGUAUAUUGAAGCGGAAGGAAUUGCCGCGUUUGCUGAGAGUGCAUACUCGAAACCGUCCAUUGCCGUCGUCGCAAGUGGUUCCAACACUGCUGAUCUGUCCAAAUGGGUUGGCGAGUUUUUCCGUGACGUCCCCACCGCAUCGAGCACAACCGGACCAUUUAGCCUCAAGGCAAGUGUACCAACAAAGUACUAUGGAGGCGAGGAAAGAAUUUCAAGCAAGGCUGGCAAUGCCAUGGUGAUUGCAUUCCCCGGGUCCAGUAUCUCAGGCAGCGGUGCUAGCUACAAACCGGAGCUCUCCGUGCUUUCUGCGCUUCUCGGCGGCCAGUCCACCAUCAAAUGGUCCUCUGGAUCCUCCCUACUCGCCAAGGCCACUGAGACACUCGCUGAUGUAUCCGUGUCGACCUCUAAUACUGCGUACUCCGAUGCGGGUCUCUUCUAUGUCACCGUCUCUGGAAAAGCACACAGUGUUGCGGCCGCCAGCAAAAGCGUUAUCGAGACUAUCCAGAAAGUAGUGGCUGGUAAGGUCAGCAGUGAAGAUAUCAAAAAAGCAACGGCCCUCGCAAAGUUCCGCGCAUUAGAGGCUGGGGAUAGCUCCUCAGUGGGCCUCGAAUAUGUCGGAUCCAGAUUGGCCCAUGGCGUCGAUAUAGUCCAGCUAUCUGAGAUUGGUCAGAGCGUCGAGAAAGUGACUGAACAACAGGUUAUUGCGGCUGCCAAAUCCCUCCUCUCAGGCAAAGCCUCCGUUUCCGCAGUCGGCGAUCUACAUGUUCUUCCCUUCGCUACAGAUAUCGGUUUGACUGUCUAG